AUUCCAUCUUUUGAUAAAGUCAAGAAUGGUAAGUGAAAAGAAAGUUAAUCAAAUUUUUAGCACAUUCUUCUCGCUAAUGAACCCUUUUUCUCUUUCAAGGACGAAAUAAGUGACAGGAGAACCAGUCUGUAAGUGAAAAAAACUUCGAAGAAAUUGGAGAUCUUUAAUGUUUGUUGUUCAGGAAGUUGCACGCUGUCGUUAACAUUUUUCCGAUUCUCCUUAACUUCAGCUACGUGGGGAACUUAGAUCGCCGUUGUACCGAACAGUUUAUCAAGGAUGUUUUCUCCAAAUGCGGAAAGGUUGUACGAUGCAAGAUUAUUAACCCGGUAGGUAGUGCAUUUCUUGUUUUUGUAGAGAGACAGUUGAAUUGAUCAGCCGGCCGGCAUUUUCUCGACGCCACGGCAAUCCUUGUAAGCUAUCUUCUAAAUAGAUGUUUGUCAUUUAUUAUUUUUUGUAUGUAAUGGUGCCCCAUAAUCAUUUUAAAUAUGUUGGCUCCUUGCUAAUCGUUGGCAGACGCUGAUCUGUUAAAAAGUAUGGUGUUAAACAAGUUCUUCCUUGGCCUCGCUUCCUUUGAAAUAAUUGUAAGCUUAAAUUUUCUACUAAGAACUUCAAUUCAUCAUGAUAUAAGCAUGCGCGUACACAUCAAGCUAGAUACCAAAUAAAUUCGAGUUAAACUAGUUUUCUGUGCUUGUAACUGAAUACGAUAAGGAAGCCCAGAAUGUUUGAAAUACUGAUUAUUUUAUGGAAGAGUAAUAACUGUUUCUAUUUGACAAGUUUUUUACCUGAUAACUGUGUCGCCAAACUUCCGGUAGUGAAAUUCUCUUUCAGCGAAAAAAAAAAUGCCACAUGAAUAUGCGGUCUAAUUCUUUCAGUUCUAAAAAAUGUAAAUCUUGGAAUCAAAAUAUUUCUUAAUUUUAAAAUUAUAUUUAAUAUUUAUUGGGAAACUGAGAGGGGAAAAAUCAGGCAAAAACAAUAGCUUUCUCUCCCAUCCUUCACGUUCCUUAAUAAUAUUUUGCUUUCUGUAUGAAACAACAACCAGUUUAACUGGUGGCUAAUCUGUGUAAAAUGAAACAUACAAGAUUGUUGGGAAAAUUUUCUGAUAAGGGAUAAUAGGAGGGAGGUGGGGGGGGGGAGGUAUUAUAGAGGUAACUGGUGUCCGGAAGAGGGAUGUUUUAAAGGGACAGGUUCGCAGUUCAGCGCAUGCUCAUUUAUCAAAAUGCUGUGUUUCUGCCAGCACAUGCUGUAGCUGCUAUAACAUCAAUUUUUGAAAAGGUCAGCACACAGUACCACACUCAAACAUGCAACCUUUAACUUUAACAAUUGUGGAUUAAAUAUUGAGUGCAAGUGCUGGCAAAACACUGCACAAUAAUAAACAUUUUACAAAGAAUUAAACCACCAUGAAGUGCAGGAUGCACUUGAGGACUCAUUUGAAGGCCGUCCCACUCCUGAUUAAAGUGAAGAAAAAAAUCCUGGAGAUAUAAUCUCCCCCCCAAUUUUUUUUGCACUGUUUUCGACUGAAAAAAUAUCUGCCUUGUUGGUCUGUGAGGAAAAAAAACCUCUGAGAAGUCUUCCAGGCCCCACCUCAAAAGUCAAAUGGUUUGCCCCUCAAAUAUUUGCAAAUAGCUGUAAAUUAAUCAACCAAGGGAUGAAACCUUCGGGUCAACAAUAAAUUCAACAUUGAUAGUGUUGGCAUGAUCUACUAGUUUUUUUUGAGAUUGUAGUACUCCACCAUCCUACUUCAGGUUACUCUGAAAUACACUUUUACUUUGAAAUACACUCUGAGAUACAUGUGAGGGGAUUAUUAACCGAUAGAAUUAAUAAUAAAUUGGAAAAAAAAGUAAUUUAAUUAAUGAGCAUGUGCUUGAUUGUGAACCUGUCCCUUUAAUCCAUGGAUUAGCUCCUGCCGAAAAUCUUUUCUUGAAGCUAGCCUAGCUGAUUUCUGGUCACUGUCUUGCUAAAAUGAGCCAAAACUGCCCAACAUGCCAUUUAUAGUUUGAAAACUUUCCAGCCUUCUGUUCCAGAUGCAAAAUAUCAGCUUCUGAAGUUUGGGCAUAUCCAGAAAGUACAAUUUUUACUGAUAGUUUUUGAGUUUUAAAGUGCUACAGCAGUCUUGAAUUUUACUUUUUACUUUCUCUCUUCCCCUCUUAUAUCUAUCGUUUUCCUUGCCUUGUUUGUUUUUCUUUUGCUGGGCAUUAUUUUACUAGGCUUCAUUAAGGUGUAAAAGUGUUUGGGAAGGCAUUAAGGAUCUUAGGAUUAGAUGGAAGGAUGGGUAUAUGGGUAGUGGAACAAGAUCUUUAUGGGAAUUUUUGUCCUUCUUUCCUCAGAGCCACAUGUGGUGAGCGAAAAAGUAAAACUAUGCAAAUUAAAUUGAAAAAAGUAGGGGAGAUUUGGGGAGGGAGAGGAAAAAGGAUGACUGCAGAGGUGUUAUUGUAUUCUGACUGACCAUUUCAGUGUAAUGGAAAUUCCUGAUAUGCUGCCUGCUUGUCAAUCUUUCAGCAAAAAAAUCUCAGUCUCAAAGAUGUCCAAUUUUUGCAGUGGCUGAGUCAAACUUUCGUAGCACCUGGUGAACAAAAACUGCACUCCAGUUUCCAAAUGGAAGCCGAGGUCUUCCUGGGUUAACUAGUCAUUGCCUUUGUGAAAUCUGAAAUAUAUUCUCAUUCAAAAUAUAUUCUUUAUGUGGGCUUGAAAAAUUUUGCGGUUGUUGCCGGUCAAACCUAUUUUUGGUUGGAUACAACCUGUUUUUGGUGGGAUAGUAACUAUUAUGUUUUAGUGAAAUCCAACUAGUCAUCUUUUAUCAUUAGCUCGGGCAGGAGAACCCUUGUUGCAUGUCUUUGGACCCCCUUCAUUAGCUUAGAGAUAGACCUCGGGCAAAAUAACAACAUUGAAAUACUUUUGACCAGACAUGGCAUUGAGCGGCCAUUAUUUCAAGCCCUGUAUUCGUCAUCAAAGUUUUUCUAUGUGACAGCCAGUGGUGAAUGGCAAAUUCUACAAUAUUGUGAGGCUUCUUUGCCUUUUUACUAUUUUUUCCUUGCUUACUUUGAGGAACCCUCUUUGUUGGAGGCUCCAUGGGAUUCAUUACGAUACCAUCUUUGCAAUACCUCACAGAUAACAGACACACUGUUUGUUUACAGGAAAAAGAAGGCAAAAUGGUGUCAAUAGGCCCUUUGCAGCUAGCCAUUCAUGUGGUACAAAACCGCCAUGCUGGAGAGCAACAGUCGUACUGGAACAUGAUAAACAAAAGGCAUACAUAAUUUUAAAUGAUAAUUUCCUGUGUUUGUCUUGUCCCAGUGUGACUUUUGCUCUCCAGAAUGGCGGUUUUGUACCACGGCUAGCUGCAAAAGGCCUAUAGUCAAAAAGGAAGGAGCUGUCAAUAGAGGAGGCGUGAAAAGCAGCAAAUCACCAGAUCAAAGAUCCAAUCGCAAUUUCUUAGCGUUGCUUUGCUCAGGUUUCCACCCUCGUUCCCCGCAGCUUCACUGCCCACCCCUUGUGUAUGCUCCUGAUAAAAGGAAACUGCUUUAUGGGCAGUUUUCGGCCAACAUUACUUGGUUUUUUGCCUUUUUCUUGGGCCUUCUUGACUGAAUUGCACUCAUUCUGGUAUGGAUUGAAAGAUCUUUUUCUCCUGCACAAGUUAGAUGAAAUGUUAAAACUGAUAACGUCACAAGCAGUGGAAAGGAUGUGGAUCCGCACAGGUGGUUAUGGGCAGUUCAGGGGCAAAUGGGUUAAAUUUAUUGUUUUUGUGUUUAAAUAUAUUUCUGAUCAGUUUUGUUUCCAUGUGUAGACUGGAUCAACUGACCCAUAUUGCUUUGUGGAAUUUGAAACCAGAGAAUCAGCUGAACAGGCUCUAUUUGCAAUGAACAAUCGAAAUGUUUUCGACAAGGUGAGUAAAGGAAUCGUAAAAGAUUUGAAUAAUAAAUGUGGACAUGUCAGGGCAGAAAAAAUGAUAUGAAAUCCACUUGCCCAGUCAGCGGGCAUGUAAAUUUCAGUUUUCACUUGCCCCCACAUAAAUAUUAAGUACUACGUCUUGUAAGAAACGGAAAGUCGCUUUUUGUAAUUUUCAAACGCUUUAAUCCUCGAAACCGGUACAAAUCUUAAUCAUCACAAUUUAACCCUUGAAUUCUUGCUUACAAUCAAUCAAAACCUAACACGAAGACAUGCCAAACAAGUAUAUUCUAAAACUAGUCGCAUAAUAUAUAUUUAUUUCACCAUAAAAGGAAUAACAAAAUGUUCACGAUCAAAAUGUCGAUCAAACGAUUCCCACAUUACUUGCCCGAUGGAAAGGAACACAAUGCCUUAUCAUCUUUAUUUCUACAUUACUGUCUAUAAUAACUUAUAGAUUAAUAGAAAGUGUAUAAGAUUACUGGUACUGAAAUGUUGUGCCAGAUACAGAGUAACUAAUGGUUGUGUCCAAUAUGGUAAUCGCAAGAGUAACAUGAGCAAGCAAAUGCGCACUUGGAUUUAACGUUGAUUCGUGCCUUCAACUUAUUUUGUCACUCAUCUUGCAGUGUUCACAGGGCUGUCAACGCCCCCCAUCAUCAAAUAUUGAGAAUUGAUAGGGAAGGAAUGAUAGAUGAUGUCACAUCACAUGACAAAUGACGUUAUUUGUGCCAAAAAUGCUCGUUGAUUCUGAUCGACGUAUAUAGCACAUCAACAGUUCAUAUUUAGACGCAUUAUUGCUUAAAUUACAGUAGCAUGCCGUAAUUUAUGAGGAAAUGUUCCAUGUUAACAGUAGCUCAAACAAUGAAAAAUAUUUCAAAUUUUAUGGUCGGAAAGUCGAGUCUACAAGAAAUAGCACCUUUGGCGAUUAUCUGGGAGAUAUCAGAUUCUAAUCUGGAGACCAGGAGAUACGGUCCAAACUCUGGAGUCUCCCACAUUAUCCGGGAGAGUUGACCGCACUGCCUUGUAAUAGUUCCUCUCUUGAAAUUAUAAUUUGUCAAGCUGACACUUUCAGACAGAUUCACCGUAACACUGGGGCUAAUUUUACUUGCCCACUGGACCACCAAACUUGUACUUUUACUUGCCCAAGAUCAAAAUUUACUUGCCCUUGGCAGUCACACCUGGGUUUUUUCCUGCCCUGACCAUGUCCUGAAAGGUAGCUCAAACAAUUUGGAAGAUAUACCUGGUAGCAUCAUAUACCAUUACAACCAGCAGAGGCCACACCUUUUCUCCAAAAAUUUUGCUUAACAUUGGGUGUGGAGCGAGGGGAUAAGGAAAUAGUUUUAGAUGAGAGGACAACAGUAUGUGUCUUUUAUGUUAUGUGUGAAGAAUAAUCUCGUCAUCAGCAUGCAAAGGCAUCACUGGCUGCUGCUAUCCUGGGAAGGGGGGGAGGGUUGUGGGUACUCAACAAGUUUUAUAUGGGGAGGCUGUGCCCCAAGGUAGUCUUCCGCAUAUACUGUAGGCCAUUAUAGAGAGUAACCCAGCCCCUGACAACAAACACAGAGGUAGACCACACAACCAGGGAAACUCCUCCUACUCUUUGUGAACAGUAGUGUGGGUCCUUCUACUGCUCCUCCAAGUUCAUUCAUGAAGGAAGGAUGAAGAAGACAAAGAUAAAAUCUUAAUGUCACCGCUCAAAGAAAAUAUCAAAAUCAAAAUAUCAAAUUCUCAAAUUAUUCUGGAUUUGGUACACAUCCUGAAAAAUUCUUGUGCUUGCAGUCAGUUUAACUAAAAUUCAAUAACCAAAUAGAUUUUCCCUGAUUAUGUUUCACAUGGGAAUGUGAUUUAAACAGACAGAGAGCAAAUCUGUGAAAAAUUGUACCCUGCAAAAAUUGUUUUUGUGCCACCUGUUGAUUGUGUCAUUGAGUUAAGUUAUAGUGGCCUUGACCUUCAUUAUUAAAUUAUGUCGUACAUAGUACAUUAUUCACUUAACAUCAAGAUUUGUAGUCAUAGCAAAGCUUAUUCAAGCUGGAAAGGGAAAUUGAAAGUAACUUUGGAAACCAUAAGUGUUGACUACAAACGUGAGGAAUUGCUGGAUAGAUGUGUUUAACUAGUAAAAGUGAGUUCCAAAAUGAGUAUUGUGACUUUCUGGAAGAGGGAAAGGCUUUCUCUUGCUGUAUAGCGUUGUCUCAAUUGACCACCCUCAGUCAGAGGUAGUGGGGUGUCAGACACGUAAUAGUGUGGACAAACCCUUCAUUGACCUGUUCUCUCCCAAGGGAAGCUAAAAGCAUUACUCAAGAAAAUUUCAAAUUUAAUUAUUACAAUGAAAUACUCAACAAAUUAAUAGUACCUGAUCAAAGUACUUCUGAAGAGGUUUCAUUUGAAUGGUCACUCUAUACAGUUUCCUUCAGAGACUCAAAGUUAUAACAACACCACAGUCAUGUUUCCGAUAACUACCCUAGGAAUGAAAAGACUGGAAGCAUUGCUGUAUUGCUUACUGCUAUGAUAAUUUUAAUUCCUUGCCUAAUUUCCUUUUUUGUCCAAGCUAAAAACCAGAAGCUCUGGCAACAUUAGUUGUUUGUUCAUCAAAAUGUUCUUCCCUUUCUAUUUUUCUUAUUUUGAAUGCCAAAAAGAUUUCACUACACCUGCCUUGUAAUUUCAUUUACUCGCUGACUAAAGUCAACUUAAAACUAACUCACAACAUAUAUUUUAUCUGAAAGCAAUGAAUACAUACACUGUAGAGCAGUAUGCUUUUAACUGAUACAAUAUUGUUUGAAACGCCAAUAUGAUAAUUUGAGAAUAAAGAGACUAAGACUAGCAACUUUCUCGAACUUUUUCAGGAAAUAACAAACUAAGAUAGUGAUGUCUACAGUCUUCCUAUUUUUCAAAACUAAUUUGGAAAAUGACUGGCUCGUUUACUAGAUUGUGUUCUAGAUUUAGUGUUUCAAAUUCAAAUUUUAUCUAGCUAAGAAUAAAAUGAGGUACGAUUUUUCUUCUUUGAUUUUUAAACUUUUCAAGGGCACAUGUACAUAACAAUAAGCAUUGAGAAACAGGUGACAGUUAAGCAUUAGAGUAAAUGUGAGUGUUUGCAGAAGACAGUUAAGGUAAUGCAGAAACCCCAGGGAUGCUAUGCUUUUCAGACAUGUUUACUCCUAGUGGUUUUAAGAGAUUAUUGUUCUGGAGUUCUGGAGAAAGUUGUUUACAUUGUUGACCAAUAGUCUCCCUCCAGAUCAGUCAUGUCUGGAGAACAGAUCACAGAAGCCCUUUUCUUCUCCCCACAGUUGUCCAUGUUCUUUGGCAGCAUUGAUUCUGUAGAGCUUGUAAUUUUUUGUUUUGUGUGUGUGUGUGCAGGUUAUCCUCUGCUGUGUUGUAUUAAUCACAAAUUUUAACCAACUAAGUUCAACUUGUCAGUUUUGGUUAUAAGGGUGUGUAUUUUUGGUCAGGAUUUCUUUAAGACUUCAAUACUAAUUUUCACAACAGGCCACCUGCAUCGUGGAGUGAAUACCUGCUUCAGGCAGCUUGCUAUAAUAAGGAGAUCAAUAAUUAGUUAUCAAUAAUGUAUGAUAUUCAUUGUUUCUCUUUUUUUCCUGUUCUACCCUGCAGCCUAUCAAGGUGAACUGGGCUACCAACAACACUGGAGGGAUGAGGAAAGAUACGAGUAGUAAGUACAAAAAAUUUCCUGUUUUAUCUCUCUGCUUGCAGAAUCAUUCAUGCAGAUAAUCAAUAGACUUUCUGCAAUUAGUAUUCAACCUAUCAUGUCAGAAAACUAAGGACUAACUAUCUCAUGUUUGAGUUUUAUUUCAUUUAAAGUUAUCAGUUGGGUUCAUUUUGCAUGUAGUCUGGUUAUUUUCCCCUUACAUUUACAAAGGAAUUAGAAGACCCUUUAAAAAUGAACUGGUUGUGCUUACUGUAAUAGAAAGAAAGGCAAAUUCAUGGGUGAAGGAUUGCUUGAGUCAUUGGCUUGAACAAGUUUAUUAGUGACCUCAUAAAUAUUGAUUGUGUUCACUCAAACCUUGGACAAGAAAAUGUCUUUUUAUUUCAAUUUGCAGAUUUAUAGAUCUUUAUGAAAUGGUCUUCUUUCCUCUAGUUUCUUGGAUGGAAAUCCUUUUUUGUUUAACUCUUUUAUAUUAACCUGCCUUUGCCCCUCCUGAUUGAUUCUAAAUUUACCAGCAAUUUGCAUGUGGUGUUAUCUCCAAUCUAUUUGACAGAUCUGUGACUGGGGGUAAUAAUAUUCUAAUUCAGCCUUCACUUAAUUCAGAACAGUUUUCUCCUUCAAAACCAGUCAAGAUUGACAAGUGACAUUGUUCAAUAGUUCCAGGAUGUUAAACCCUUUUACCCUAAAUGGUGAUCAAAGUAAAACUCCCAAAAAAUUCCAAAAUUUUUGGGAAAAAUCUUUAAGAAAUAAUUAGUACUUUGCAAACAUUCUGCCGAAGAGUUUUCAGUUCAUUGGCACUGGAUCAAUUUUUAGAGUGAGAAGUAAUCUUGCCAUAGAAUUUCCUAGUAAUGAAAGGGUUAAACAAUAAUUUUAUUGUCUCUUUAACACUUGAGAUAAAAGCAGCAAUUUUUAGAGUUUUCCCGCUUAUGGUUAUUUACUGCAGUUGCUUUAUUUUCAACUUGUAAACUUGUGUGUAAACAUUUUUGGCACAGUUAUUGUCGACAGAAAUGCUCCUGUGAUGGCCAUAAAUUUAGUUAAUCUUCUUUGAUUUUUUCAUCCGAAGUCUGUAGUUUUCUGUAAUUAAGUAUUUGGAUCUACAUGCCAAGCCCUUUCAUUCCACAUCUUGCGAAAUGAAUGUGGUUAAACUCAUUGACACACCAUUAUUUCAUAAACAUGUAAGAAAAUACUGUGAUGACAAUUUGCCUAACUUCCUCCAAGUUGUGUUCAUUUUCUGUACUGUAUAGUGCAUGAUGGCGUUACUAGUAAUGGCAAUAAAACAUGCAUGUGAUGUCACUAAUUUGGCCAUCUAGGCGAACAUGUUCAGCCAGUGCAACACUUCACUCUCUGCAAUUAAUAUCACUCAUCAGAAAGUGAAAAUUUUGGGGUGAUAAAAGUGGUGAUUAGGCCAGACAUUUCUUUUUAAAUUUUGAGUUUAUAACAUUGCUUAUUUCAAACAGAAAUUUUCAGUUUUAUAACCUGAGUUGACUUAGAAGUGUAUGCUAAUGAGUAAAGAUUUUGUGUAAGAAAUGAUUUGGCCUUUGGGAAAGGGGGAAUUAAACCAAAAACCAUUGGUACAGUGGACUCAAAAGUUAGAAUGUGUUAUUUAUUUCAGUCUUUGAUCUGGAGGUCCACAGUAAUACAGUGCAACCGGGAAAACCAUAAACACUUGAAAUAUCUCAGGAAUGUUAUUGUCUUGCAAGAGAAAAGCCAAUCUGGCAUGAGAAAACUAAACCUCAAGCAACAAUGUUGAUUAGUUUGUGGUUUUGUGGCCAGUUUGUGUGUCCUAAUCUAGAGCCUGUCCUGUGAUUGCCCAUAGCACAAUAAACAUUCUUGAGAUAUUUCAAGUGUUCACGGUUUUUUCCUGUUCGCACCCUAAAUACAUGAAUAUCAAAAGACUGAAGUGGUAAAAACUGUACUCUCUUCAUUUCACUGCAGAUCACUACCACGUGUUUGUGGGUGACCUUGAUUCAGAGAUUCAUGAUGAGUACCUUCAUAAAGCUUUUGCUGCUUUUGGGACUGUAACGUAAGUAUCAAAGUUUUGUAUUGUUUGAAAACAAAUUCAGUAGAGUUAUAUUAUGUUGGGUAACAUCAAUAAAAACUUACAAAACAUUCCUCAAACAUCUGAACUUUCUGGUAAUAGCCCUUAUUUUGUACAAGAGAACUGUUUAAUUUCUCUGACAAGAGUAGCAGUUUCUUCAUAGUUGCCAUUGGUGACUUUGUCUUCUUAAGUCUUCUCUUUGAAAGUUACAAUUUUUUUUAUUGAUUAUUGGCUCUGAAUAUUGUGCAACAUCAUAUUUCAUUUUUCGCGAAACGUUUUAUGAUAUAUUUGAAAGUGUUACUAAUCUCCUUGUUUUGUCUCGGUGAUUCUUAUUAAAACAUGAGGUUUUGAAAAUGCUUUUGCAUGACAAGGUACUGAAACACCACCCCUUUGCAACUAGUUUGCCAGUGAAACAAGUGCCCUCCAAAAUUGGCCAAAAAAGCAAUUCUUGUUAUAUUGCAAGUUGUAAUGUACAUUGCCUUGAAAGGCAUGUUGUCCCACAAAUCAUCACUCGUGCUGCAAAAAGCAUUUUCAUGCCUCUUAAGUUUACUGCACUUGUCAAUAAUAGGCGAACUCAAAAGUCAAAUAGUUAACCAACGGUUACAAUUUUUGCUUCUGUCAAUCAUCAUUGCAACCUAUCACAACCUACAGACGAGUCUUUUUGAACCUACUAAAGGAAACCUAUAUUUCCUGAGGGUUCCUUCAGGGUGAUUGACACAAGCCAAAAACAUAAACGCUGGUUACAUUUGUUUACUUCAAAGUUCACAUGUCAUUAAAAAGCCCAGUAAUUUAUCGCAAGAUUAGGUUCAAUUGUGUGUUUAAUGUUAUUGUUGGGUUCAGUGUUACUUUUGGCACCUAAUGUUGAGUAAUUUGCCUGGAUAAGAAAAUGUUUGCUUGCGUACUGCCCACGGUGACGUGAUGCAAACCCCUUAUUUUGCCUUAAAUCUGGUCAAAUGAAAUUUAAAAUAAAAAUUUAUCCAUUGUUCUUGCUUGUAGCCCUUGAUCUACAGCUGUAUUAAUCCUAACACUGAGCUCUUCGAUAAUAUUAUAUCAUAUAGCAGCUCAGGAAUGACAAAGUCUUUGGUUUGCAGUGAUUACCAAUGCAAUGCCAACAAAGGGAAUGCUUGCAGUUAGGUUCUUUUCUUGUCUUUUCCACUUUUUUAUAUUUUUACCAUAAAUUAAUAUCCAAUUAUCUGCUGAUUUUGAUUGUCCCAGAGUACAUAACAAACACUGUGCUUCUCAAUAACCUGCAAACUCUAAUAAUGUUUCUUGAUGAAUAAAAAUGUUUUGUCUUUUUGUUUCCUCCAUUUUGCUAUCACUAGCAGAAAUUUUGGCCUACCCACUGUAGCAUUUAUUUUUUGCUCAUUUGAAUUUUUCCUUUGUUUUUGGUUUUGGUAAUGUUUGGGUCAAAAGAAAAUAGAAUUUUACCCAAGGAUAAAAUUGAACCACAAGUUAAUAUUAUUCUCCUUUUUCUGGUAUACUCACUUGAGUAGCUUUUGGCAGUGAAAAAAUCAAUACUUGUACUACUUAAGAGUUUGCUUGUUUCUGAGAGGCACAGUCCAAAAUAGUUUUGAGUGAUAUAAAUUAUAUAUUGAUGUUGAUUGAACAAAGUUCAGAAUGGUAAGUCAAGCUUUUUUUAUCUCAGCUUUCUUUUGUUGACCCAGGAAAACACAUACAAUUGUAUAUGUUUUUAACCUUGGAGUGCUCAAAUGAAACACAACCUGCCACCCUUUAGUUGUUAAAAUGAGAUUGUCGCCAGUUUUUUUUUUUGCUCUUAUUGGAUAUUCACUAAGGUGUAGACAUCACUUGAAGAAUUAGCGUUUGGUGUCCUCUUAAUUUUCAAUUUGGUUUUAUGGUUAUUGUUAUCUCUUUAGAAGAAAACUGUGCCCUAAAUUUUUCAAAAAAGACCACACAAUUUAAUUUAGUAUUCACUCUUUUAAAGUUGUUUUUAUCAUGAUUUGGCACCUCACCUUUAAAUCACUGUCUUUUCAAGGCAGAUUCAACGUAAGCUCUGUUACUGUAUUAUCAUGCCUUCAACAUUCCUUAGAUGUGUUUGAUGCUUUAAAGAUGUUUGAAGGAUUAAUUUGAGUUGAUGUUUUUAUAUUUUUAUCCAUGCUUGCUCUAUCAUGUGUAAUAACACUUACUUAUUUGCUUGAAUACAGAUGAAUGUGCACUAAUUGCCUCCCGCUCAAGGCGAUGUAUGCCAUUUUCCUUGCUUGUUUUUCUUUUUUAUCUUCUAAAUUAAUUGAGGUUUAAGAUUAGUGAAGUAUACAUGUACACAGAAAUUUACCACUCAUAAAGAAACUUUUUCUGUAGUUUUCAAAAGGAUUACUUCACUCUUUGAUGUGUAUUGAAAGUUAGGGUGUGUUAUAGUAAAUCUGAAAAUGAUGACGUUAUUUCUGAUGAUACUACUAAGAACCUAUGAGCUUGUAGUGUUUAAAGUAAGACUACUGGGUUAGAGGAAUUAUUUAACCUUUUGCUAAUUUGAUUUAGGAGCUUUAUCAUUUUGUUUCUUUUCUUUUUCCAGUAUUGUUAAAUUGUACCAUUGAUAGUGUUCACUCUACUCUUGUUCUUUGAAUGUUCUUAAUUAGGGAUUGCCGUGUUGUGAAAGAUACUGCUUCUGGGAAAUCUAAAGGAUAUGGCUUUGUGGCUUUCCUCAAAAAGGAGGUAUGUCCAUUACCCUUGCUAGGAUCAAACAAACACCUUAUGCAGUUGAUAAUAUCAUGAGAGAUUUUGUUCAUCAUGGUUUGUUUAUGACAGACUUUAUCAUUUUAUCCUACGUCUCACCAUUGUCAAACAAUAAACAAACCCUGUUAACCGUUAUGUUACUAGACAAUGACCUCUGCUACUUUAGCUCACAAUUCAUCUGUUUUUUGCAAAGCAGUGAAGCCAAUGUAAGUGCCUAAACAAUACAUUGUAUAGCAAGAUGUAGAUGUUUUUUAAAGAACAAUGACAAAAGAUGUUUCAGAUACUUCAUUAUCCAUUGUUAGUUCAGGGUGUUUACUUAUCUGAAACACUGACAUUUUCUUCCAAUCUCAAAUGGUAUGUUGUUAUUUUUAAAUGCCUAAUUUCAUUUCUACUGCCAGUAUUAAAGGUUUGCAAGGAAUUUUCACAAGCAAGAGUUGCAGAUCAUAUUAAAGAAAUAAUGAACUAUUUUCUUUUAUUUACAGGAUGCUGAAAGAGCUAUGAGAGAGAUGAAAGGUAAUUUAUAAAAAUGAUAUGAUUAAAGAAAUUUUGUUAUAUUUAAGGUUAUUAGUUAAAUAAACAGUAUUGUUAGUAUAACAGGCUUGAUGGGUGCCUUUGUACUUCAUACACCUGAGAUACCUUACCUUACUAACAACCCUCCACGUUAAAGUCUUUGCUUGGUCACCAUUUGGCAACCAACUCUUUUGGUUUAGGGAGAUUUUUUUACAAAUCAAGUCACCAGUUCCAAAAUUUUCGGCCCCAUGGUGACCAAAAUGGUUGCAACUUGGAGGGUUACUUACCUUGCCCCUUUGCACUCCAUUAUGCUAUCGUGGAAAGUGUGUCUGGUUUCAGUAAUGAUGUUUUUUUCUACGAAGGUGGGACAUUAACCUAUCACCCAACCCCCAAACUGGAGGGCCAUGUGAUGCAACAGGUCUCGCCUUUUUACCCAAAACUUGCCCAGCAUGGUUGAACCCAACAGGAACCAAAGUCCCAACUGGUAGAGCUUCCACGAUCAUCAAGGCACACAAACCUCCCCAUCAUGUUAAGCUGCAACACUCAUUCUUAGGGAGGUCCCCUUGAGUUACAGGGGCCGAUGUUUUUAGAGUAAUGCCAUCUUACUAUAAUCUAGGUGCUCAGCUAAAGGGAAGAUCCAUUCGUACGAACUGGGCAGCUCGGAAGGCAACUCCUCAAAGUAAGUAUUUACACUUUUAUAGAAGGUGCACACCAAUUAUAAAGAUUUUCACCUGGAAUUUUCCAACUUAUCUCAAGUUUCCUUCAGCAGGAAUGAAAAGUGUCAAGCGUUUAUUUUGCCACAUAACCUAUUUUCACUUGACAAAAUAUUAUCACAGAUUACUGUGAGGUCAUACCAUCUGCCCCUGACUUAAAGCAGCUGUAUCACGGCUGUCUGGUUAAUUUUGUUAAUUUAUUGCAAAUCAAUUACACCUCCUUGCGCUCUAUGAAACUUAAUAUCACAUCUGCUUCUUCUUCUCCAACGAAUAUACCUCCCAGGCUUUAUAUCAAACAUCACAAACGACAAAAAUGCUUUUUGAAAAACUGUUAAGCUAGCAAGUUUUCAGAAACCAACAAUCAAUUUUAAUCGUCUUCAAGUUUGUCCUUCCAUGCAUACUUUUGUAUUUCUUGUGUUAUUAAUACCUCUUUGUAAUGUUUUGAGUGAUUAUUUUUAAGUUUCACUCAAUUUUGAGGCAGUUCUUAGUGUAAGAAUUUUGAUAAAAUUCAUGACACAGCUUCUUUCAGUGCAAUUCUAUUUUGUUGCGGUAUAUACCAUAAAUCCUCCAUUGAGCCCCCCCGGGAGGCUUAUUUAUUUCAAACACAUUUAGGGGGGGAGACUUGAUAGAGACAGGGGGGUUAAUUUUGCAAAAUGAUGGUAUCUGUUCUCCACCAAGAACUGUAAUAUACAAAGUGGAAAAGCUUAAAUACAAGAAGUUGCUGAUCAUGCAGCCGAGGGUCAAAAACAGAUCCAAACUUCCAGUUGGUGAAUAAACCAUCCCAGAUCAGUCAACAGGAAGUUUUACGGUCGUAAUCGAUUAAUACAGUCCAUCAUUUAUUAGUGAAGAAUAACAAGGGGGCAAGUAGCGGGGCUUAAAAGAGAUGGGGGGGGGGGGCUUAUUAACUUUCUUCUCCUGAAAAAAGGGAAGUCUUAUUAGAGAGGGGUGCUUCAUAGAGGAAUUACGGAAUAUCUUUUUUCUUUAUUCAUUUUUUGUUAUUUGUUUUUCUUUGAAAACAGCAAGAGUUCAGUCAAAGGAGGAAAUUGCAAGACAAGCGUCACCAUAUAAUUCAACUGUGUAUGUUGGGAACCUUCCGCCGUACUGCACAGGUAAUAUUUAAAUUAGCGCAUUACCUUUGAUUUGGUUUAAGUAUUCUGCCAUCUUGGUUCUAACCCUUUAAGCCCUAAACAUGAGCAUCAUCUACUUUUUCCGACCAACAGAGAUGUUAAGCAUCACGUUUAUGUCAAACAGCAAAUGCCAAUUUGUACCACGUGACCAGGUUUCCUCUUUUCUUGUCGUUUACUGUUCAUUAUUUCUAUGCCUAAAUUAGUAGUUUCACACACUUUUGUCCACAAGAAAUAUUUUGAGCUGUUGUUAUAAGCUGAUUUUCUAUUUUGUGAAAUAAUUUUCAGUUGCUUAGCCACUUUCCAUCACUUGUAGACACUAGAGUGUAUAAGAUUAAAAUGUCUCUGAAUGGCCUACUUUGUGAGCUUCAUGUAAACUAAAAACAGUUGAACUUUCCUUUUCAUGGACACCUUUCUAUCGCAGACAGUUCUUUUUGGUACCUGAGAGGCCAAACUUCCUGCUUUCUCUUUCUUUAUAGUACAGGCGCCUUUGUAAUACAAACACCUGGCUUUUGCCCUUUGGUAUCUUUGUAAUGCAGGUUUGACAGCAUUCAAGUCUUGCCUCCAAUCUUUAUUCAAAAAAUUGUGUUCACCAAGCUCGCACAUGAGUGAAGUCAUGUCUUGUAUAGUCCACCCCCCCCCCCCCUUAACCUCAAGUCAAGGAGGCUUCUUUUCAAAUGUACUGAUUAUGACCAUUUAGCAAUAUCCGUGGUCUUUUGUAUUCCCUCUGUCUGUGCUUCCCUUCCCCUUGAGAGGCUGAAGGGACUAUACCCAGAUAGAUAGAUAGUUUAUUUGAAAUAAAUACGUGGGCAGCCAGAGGCUGAAUUGCAUAUUUACAAUUAAAACCAAGCUAAAAAUAUAAUAAUUUACAAUACAUCAGUAUUAAAAAUAUUACAAAUUCAUGCAUAUAAUAUAUAAAAGCAUUCAAACCGAAUCAUUUAGUUGUACUUUAGGCACGAUGACAAAAUAAAAGUGUUCUUAAAACGGUCCGUCUUCCACUUUGGAAGUGCAAAGUGUCGGUGAUUUCUUAGUAAAUAUGGAGUUUUAUUGGCUUCAGGAACAUGUACAGUUAUUUCAUGGGAAGACCUUCAACAAAACUGUACAAGUUGUGAAAAUAACCCUACCGUUAGUAGAUGACUAGCAAACUCUCUUUGGUUUAGAGAGCGUGCUUGCAUGAUACUCUUGGAGUGUACGAUGGAUUGAACAAAAUUAUUUAUAUGAUGGUGAAAAAUUUUCUCCCUUCCUUUUUAUGCAAACCUUUGAAAAAUAGAUUUGUCAUUGCAUUAAAUAGUGGACACAAGUUUUGUAGUUUGCUUUAUUGUGUUCUCUGGACUCCAAAACUCUAACCUUUUAUGCUGUUAAUUUUUCUUUGCCAGAUGAUACACUUCGGCAGAAUUUUUCACCGUUUGGACAGAUUUAUGAUGUAAAAUUAUUUCCGGAGAAGUGUUAUGGAUUUAUCAAGUAAGUUUAAAGUUGCUAGUGGAGGUCAGUUUAUUUUGUGUCAUGUUCCUUCAUAAAACUGAUAUUGAACAGAAAAUGAUGUUUGGUCAGAUAAGAACAGGGUUCGCACAAUCUUGACUUUAGGGGGAGUCCUUGAAAAGUCCUUGAAUUCCAUUUUCUCUUGAAAAGUCCUUACAUUUCUGUACAAGUCCUGCAAACUUCCUUCAACUUUGAACGUAGUAGCCUGAAAAGUGUUUUUUUACUGCUUUUUGGUCGUCCUUCUUCCAAAUUUUAUUCUUAGCUGUAACUCUUAUCAAAUAUUUUUCAGGUUUUAUACACAUGAUCAAGCUUUAGAAGCGAUUUACCAAGCACAGAAAAUGGUACUAGGAGAUAAUUUACUGAAAGUAAGUACAGGGAGUGGUAGCCUGAGUAUCAGGCCUUCCUAAGGGGCUAGGGGAGAGGAGGUUUUAGAUGGGGGAGGGGGGAGGGAGAGAAAAGGGAGUGGCAAACUGCUGACAGGCCUAACCACUUGGUACAUAUUAUGUAACGUUAGAAACAAGUUAUCUAGACUUUUUUCAGCUUCACUGAAAUUCCUGUCCAACUUUUCAAAGGAGUAUUAGGAAAAAUUCAGGUUUAGUUACAGCUCAUCUACCCUGUUCACAGGUAACCCAGGAGUAGAGCUAUAUCAGCCCUGAAAAACGUGACCCUGUUUAGGAGCUAUUCAGAAGAAUAAAGGAUUGAAUAGGCUUUCUCAUGUCUUAAAUUCAUCUGAGCACUGGAUAAAGUGUUUUGCAAUAUCUCUAGAUUCACCACGUUGACUGUGUUUCAAUAGCAUGCCUUCUCAGUCCUGCAUGUGGGAUUGAUAUUUUAGAAAGUGAUAGUAGCAAUAUUUGCUCUCUCAUUUAAGAUAUACCCCUGCGAGGUUAACUUGGUUGGUAGGGAAGAGACAGUCCGGCAGAAUUCACAGUUGCCAUAGUCAGUAAGCAAGCAAGCUCUCCAUUUUGGGCAGUCGCGAGAAGUCACGCGAGAGCAGCUCGCGAAAGGUGACGCGAGUGCAUGCGCGUUCUCUCGCGGGCUUGCUUCGCUCGAUUUAAAUGGAGAGCUUGCCAGCAGGCUAGGUCUCCACAGGGUUUCGUAAGAAAACAGGAAAAAAUUCUGUAGAAGAUCAAUAUUUAUUCUUCAAAUUUCCUUAAGAAAAAAGUUUGGGAAAUUGUUUUUUGUUUCUAAUGAUUGGCAACCUCACGGCUCUUUCAUUUAAUCACAUCAUUGGUACUGUCUAUAUUAGGCUCCAAAUUUUUGUGGAGCUGAAUUUUACAAGACUGUAUCUAAGUUCAGGAAAGGAAAAAGGAAGUCGUUGUAUUGUAUUCACGUCCUCCACAAAACGUAAAAUUAGGCACUUUUACCUCGUAGUCGGGCAGUGACGGCAAAGAAACGUUGAAAGUUUGCGAGUGCACGUGCAGAGUUGUUGUUUUCUCGAUCUAAAGCUAUUGGGCCGGUUAUUUAAACGGAGUUUAACCAGUGUUUGACAAACCGCGUUCUAAGUCAUUUUCAGUUUCCCCAACGCUUUUUUCUAAGCACCAUUCGUCGUGAACAGUUUCAUUAAAGCAUAUAGUGUAGACUAGAAAAGGAUUUAUCUUCUCAAAUUGACCCACUAAAGAAGAGAUCUGCAGGUCCAAAGAUUUCUUAAACCGCGGUCUAAGUUAGACCUCGUUUAAAUAACCUGCCCAUUGCGGUUUUGACGUUCUCGUUGCCGUCGGCGUCCUCUUGGCUUGAGCUCAAGAAGAAAACGAAAUUUUAAAAUGUAACCUAUAUUUUCACAGUGUUCCUGGGGAAAGGAAAAUGCAGAAAUGUCCAAUACUCAGUCGGUGCAGCAGCAAUGGCAACAGGUAUUCUUAUAACCUUACUGUUUAACUUUAAUUCCCUCCUGAACCUAAAAUUUGCCCUUUGUAAAUGUGUGACUGUUUUCGGCAAAAAGCGCUCACCAGUUGUCUUAACCCCACAGUCCCACAUUCAUUGGAAGACUUUGUUACUAGUUCUUGCUUAGUGAGUACGUUGACUCAUAACCUUAAGCUGCAUUCUACCUUAUUUUUCUUACCACGCUUCUUCUUUUUUUAUUUUACCAGUACUAUCAACAGUAUUACCAACAGUUCUAUAGCCAGCCGGGCAUGGCACAGCAAGCCCAGGCUCAGCAGGGCUAUAUUCAGUACCCUUCACAGCCAGCUCAGUAUGUUUACUAUCCACAGCAGCCUUACGGGUUAGUAUACACCUGACAGCCAGACCGCAGCCUGUUCCAGGCUCCGAGAUAGUGGUGAAAAGUCGUUCAGUAAAAAGAAAUGCGAAAAACGCGCGGGCCCCCUUUCCCAAGUCGCGCGCGUCUUAUUUUCGCUUUGCUCGUUUUAAUACGUCCGCACUAUACAAUCUGAGAGCCUGGCACAGGCUAGCCAGACCGGGGUGGCCCUUUUAAUAUUCAAAAGGAACAUUCUGUCAGCAGCAGGCCUUACGCAAUUGUUAGUAACGGGUCAACUUUCGGUAAACAUGAAAGCAAUUCUUUUUCAUUAAAUUACUUUAGUAUGAACCGAAUGAGCAUAUAGAAAUUAGGUAACCUGUAAAUUUUUAGCCGUACAUCUCAAAGGUAGCGAUUUGGUGGUGCUUUUCUUAAAAAUUUUUUCGCGCCUUUGUGGCAACCGAUUCGCACUCAUCUUCCCGCGCUAUUGUUAGCCUUAGGUCCAAGGAGUGAUAAGCUUGUUAUUGGAAACAUAUUUGUUCAGAACUAGAAGAUUUUCAAAAACGGUUCCCUGUUUCUCCUAAAAUGUUAAUUUGUGACAGAAAGAUGAUUUUUUAUUUAUUUAUUUUUGAAUUUAUUAUUUUGCUUCUCUGUUGACAGAAACCAGCAAAUGCAAGUUGUUCAAGCAACAAUGCAAGGUUACCCCGGUGAGAUAUUGUCAUUUCUGGAAAGAUGAGCGCUUGAAAAUGAUGUCUGCCACUUUUGUCACAUUUAGCAAAGAAACAAGCACCCCAUUUUCCGACCAUUUUUUAUAGUAUCAAACUUUUGACAAUCAAGUUGAGAACAAGUGAUCGCCUCAAUGGUAAAAAAAAAACAACGGGUGGUGUUUUGGUUUUGUACAGACAUGUUAUUGCCAAUCUUGUUAAAGUAUUAAGUUUAAAUUUCGUGUAAACUACGCUCCAAUUAUUAAGGUUAACUCUGAUGUACAAAACUUUAGCAAACAGUAAAUGACAUUUUUGAUCCACCGCUGCAGGGCUCAAAAUAAUUUUCGGACGGUGGCCGCACACGAUGACCGUUCAGAGAAAUUUUUGCUUGGUGAAGUCUCGUUACUGACCGGUCAAAAUAUUGGGAAAAAAGUUAACUAAUCCCUGUGCAAUUUUCUAUUGUAUUUUUACAAAGAGAAAAAAAUCCAGGAUUUACAGGUAAGGAUUUGGUUGGUUGUUCUAGAAUAAGAGUGAGUCAAGAGUGUGCGUGACAGGUCAACGUGACUGGCGAGUGAAGUUGUGGCCGGACACGUUGCCAUUCUGGCCGAACCCCAGAGGGCCGGACCCGUUAUUUUGAGCUCUGCCCUAGGCGCGUUGAUAUAGUACCCUUCAACAAGAUCAGUUCAUUCUCCGGAGAUUUUAAUUGAUUCAAACACUUUCGUUCUAUUUUCAAGUUGGACUACUGACACGUAAAUGCCGCUAAUCUGUGACAAGCAGACAUCAUUUGAAAGCCGUCUUAGAGUAAUACCAACACGGCCACUAAGGUCUUUUGAUCACGUGCAAUCGUUUUCCCUUCAGUCACUGUUCUUCUCUGUCCUUCCGCAGCUCAAAUGACGCCAGCAUCUUCGGCUGGUCAGCAGCCUCCCACACAAACACAACAAAUGAUGGGAGUAGGAGGCAUGAUGGGACCACACCAAGGGGGUCCCGCCCCUGCCAAUGCAACUUCUUACGUCAUGCAGCAGGCUGCAGGCUAUCCAACACAGUAGUGUCCUGUGGUUUAACAGUACACUCGAGUACCAAGUCAACCACAUAGAGAAUUUUUACUGUCAACGAAGUUGACGAUAGAGAGGUCCUUUGCGCAGGUAGAGGAUCGAUUUAGUGGCAAAAAAAGAAGCAAGAAGCGUUUGAAAUAAGCAAAGGAAUAAAGUGCUUCUGACGAAAAUCAGCAAAAUAAUUUAAGCUAAAACUACUCCUUGGUUAGCGUUGAACCCUUUUGUGUUGAAAAAGUAGCUUAAUGCUGUAUUGGCGCUGAAAGCGUUUUAUUCGCAAACCUUGACGAUCAUACACGGAUACUGUACAGUUUGAAAAAGUAUAUUUUAUAUUUAUUGUUUUCAUUUUGUCUUCUGAACAAAAACCAGUGUCCAGCCUCUUCGUAAUUCGAAAGUAAGUAUAUUUUUCACCCCAUUAACGCCGUGACAGUGUCAUCAUCUAUGGUGUUUUGUAAUAUUUCUAACUUCGUAAAUGGUAAUCGAACUUUUUCAACAUGCAAAGGUCGUUAAUUGCUGUAGUUUUAUCGAAAAGCUUUGUAUAAUUCGCCGCAGUCUAUGUGAAGCUGUCUCGCUGGUCGUGCUGUCUUGUAUCGUUCAUGUAGUUCAAGUGUUUGCGUAUUAUAGUAACUCUAGUGCAGUUUU